AAUUAUUAAUUCCACAGAAAAUGUGCGACUGGCACAAUGCGAGUGGGCAAAGGCUGUGCUCAUAACGAGUCAAAGAUGUGUGUGCCCUGAACCACCCAGCCACCCAACAAGCCACCCACCCACCGUGCAACAAAUAAAGCGGCAGCUUGUCCCAUCAUGGAGCUGGAUUGGGGUACGGAAUCGGCAGCACGUCUGCCCAGCCUCGUGGACAACGAUCCGGCCAGCAAUUGGUCCACGCUGGCGAACUUCACGCGCCUCUUCAAUGCCGCCCCGGAGCUGGUCAACUACACGCUCAACACGCUGCUGGAGCCCACGCCCGUGCCCGCCUUUGCCGCCAUGACGAACAGCUCCUCGCUGGCGCACACCGACAGCCUGCACGAUGCAGGUGGAGGCGCACCCAUGGCCGAGCAGUUGCCGGAGCACAUGAUGGACCAUGCGCCACAGCUGUCACGCUCCGGGCUGCUCAAGGUCUAUGUGCUGGCCGUGAUGGCGCUCUUCUCGCUGCUGGGCAAUCUGCUGACCAUUUGGAAUAUCUACAAGACGCGCAUCUCGCGUCGCAACUCGCGGCACACGUGGAGCGCCAUCUACUCGCUGAUGUUUCACCUCUCGAUAGCCGAUGUGCUCGUCACGUGGUUCUGCAUUAUCGGAGAGGCUGCCUGGUGCUACACGGUGCAGUGGCUGGCCAACGAGCUCACCUGCAAGCUGGUGAAGCUCUUCCAAAUGUUUAGCCUCUACCUCUCGACCUAUGUCCUGGUGCUGAUUGGCGUGGAUCGCUGGAUUGCUGUGAAGUAUCCAAUGAAGUCGCUGAACAUGGCCAAACGCUGCCAUCGCCUGCUCGGUGGCACUUAUAUACUCUCGCUGGUGCUCAGCCUGCCACAGUUCUUCAUAUUCCAUGUGGCGCGUGGCCCUUUUGUGGAGGAGUUCUAUCAGUGUGUGACCCACGGCUUCUACACGGCGGACUGGCAGGAGCAAAUGUAUGCCACCUUCACGCUGGUCUUCACAUUCCUGCUGCCACUUUGCAUACUGUUCGGCACAUACAUGUCCACUUUUCGCACCAUUUCAAGCAGCGAAAAGAUGUUUCAGGGCUCCAAGUUGGCCAACUAUUCCACGAAUAAGCUGCCCACUCAGACAAAUCGACAGCGACUCAUACACAAGGCCAAGAUGAAGUCACUGCGGAUAUCCGUGGUGAUCAUCAUAGCGUUCCUCAUCUGCUGGACCCCCUACUAUGUGAUGAUGAUUAUGUUCAUGUUUCUGAAUCCCGACAAGAGGCUGGGCGAUGAUCUGCAGGAUGCCAUUUUCUUCUUUGGCAUGUCCAACAGCCUUGUCAACCCGCUCAUCUAUGGCGCCUUCCAUCUGUGUCCCGGCAAAGGCAGCAAGUCCAGUGUGGGUGGCAACAAUAAUGCCUACAGCUUGAACAGAGGCGACUCGCAGCGCACGCCCUCGAUGCUGACAGCCGUGACGCAAGUGGAUGGCACCGGUGGCAGCUCACGGCAGAUGCGGGCCUUUCGGCAGCAGAGCUACUACCGCAGCACGAGCAACAGUGGGGCAGCAGCACCACCCUUCAAGGAGCAAGUGGGUCUGCUGCAUGUGGGUCCCGGCUCGAACGGCGCUGCCGCUGGCUCUGGCUCUGUGUGUGGCAGCAACAGCGCCACGCCGCAACUGAUGCGGAAGGGCUCCUCCGUGCGCAGUCCCCAUCCACAUUUGGCCAUUCUCGUGCGGCAUCCCAGCUGCCUGCGGGAACAGGAACAGCAGCGACUGCUGCUGCAGACAGCGACGACAACCACAAUCCCCUCCAGCGUGGUGCUCAACUAUGACGGGCAGCGUGGCGGUGUGGGCGUGGGACUGGGCAUGGCCAGUGCGCUGCUGGACAAUAAUGAGCGGGUGUCGAGCGUGUGAGAGCAGCUGGCGAUGGCGGUGGAGAAUGCGACAGCAACAGAUGGGCCAGAGGAUGCGUGCACCUGCUGCCAUUGCCUGAGCAGGGAGCUGGUGCGGCGGCAGCAAGAACUGCCAGAGAUACCAGUGCAGUGAGAGAUGUCAAAGGAGCUUAGAAUAAGAGAGUGAGAGUGAGAGUUAGAGCAAAGGUGAAUUUACUUAGAAGGUGGCGUUAUCCGCUAACUUAUUCACCACGCUCUCUAGGCGCUGGAAGGGGAUAGAGAUAGGGAUCACAGCUGUGGUGAAGACCAGUGAAGACAGUCACCUUGUAGGUAAAUUCACACUGGUAAGAGCAGUAGGUAAGAGCAUAGAGUACGAGAGUGAGAGCAAGAGUGAGAGAGUGAGAGUAAAAGCUUAACGUAAGAGUAAGAGUGAGUGAGCGUGCGAGAGUGAGUGAGGGUGCACACCUGGAACAGGAUGAGCCGUGUGUGUGUCUGUUUGUGUGUUUGUCAGCUGUGCGCAUCGAUGAUCAGAUCAUCGUGCUGGUUAGUUAAUACAAACUGAGAGUUAAGUCUUUAAAACACACAAAGGGUGUGCUUAGCGUAGCGUGUGUUUCGUUUGUUUCGUUGUUUGUUUAUUCCUAGUUCGUAUCAGAGCCAGUCCCUCUGUGGGGCGUGUGGCACGUGCAGCUCCUGCAGCGACAAGUAUUUUAAUUAGCAAUUAAUCCUUUUGCCAUGCAGCCAACGUUGGCAGGCAAUCAAACGCUGAUGCUGCUCUUUGCAGUCAAUCACUUUGCUUGCUUCAGUUUCCUCCCUGCAGCGACAGGGCAAAAGUUUGUUAAACGGAUUCAAGUCCCUUCCCUCAGUUGCUAGUUCUCGUUAGUUCGAAGCCACAAACAGGGUAAUAACUAUCUACUUAAUACAAAUUUUAACUAUGAAUGUACAAUAUGAAUAUGAAUGUGCAUUUUCUUGGGAGACACGUUUUGAGCUCCCAACUAGUGGCCCCCCUAAAUAGCAAUAGAAAAAGGAAAACAAAAACCAAACUACAAAAAAAUAGCAGACACUUACAGAGGAGUGUUUCUGGAUACUUUAGGCAGCGCCUUUUUUGUGUAUUUAUUUGAAGACAAUAAAAUCCAUAUUCAACUGGCUCGCAAAAGUCCUCAACGAGUUCCCUGAAGUGAGAGAACUUUUGCGGAAAUAAGUGUACCAAAUGUUUACCCUUUUUGGAAACUGUUUGCCCACAACUCAAUGGGUGAUUACGUGAUGUACCAUAACUUCCCCAGCUACUCCAGCAGCCUGUACCCCGUGUGUGUGUGCGUGUGUGUGUGUACUGUACUUAUGUAUAAAUAAUCUGUGUCAAAUUUGUAUAGUUUAUUUUUAAUAAAAACCGAAUGAUCCUUCCGAGA